AUCAGCUGUUGGUGAAGCGGACCGGAUGGAGGCCGGUCGGUGGGCUGGUCUGCCUUCUGUUGCCUGACAACACGGGACCGUUAACAUGCGCACCGCAGGGCGGAGACCUGUGGCUGCCGUCGCCGCCGCCGGCACACCGAACGCUGCUAGUAGAAGAAACACCGGUUCGGAAAGUUCUGAGCGCCGUUCAUUGCCGCCGCGGACUCCGUUCAGGUGUUAGCUAAAUGAAGCGGCUAACGUCAAGGUUAGCUAGCAGCGUUAGAGUCCCGCCCGCUUCGGUUCGGACAGUUUGUGUGAGAAUUAGGAAGUUUUUUAUGAAAAUAAUGUAUCCAGGAGCAUUCAUUGCUAACAUCACUUCUAUAUCUUUAGCUGUCAAACGGUGAAGUUAAGUAUGUUUGCUUCUCAGUUGAAAAUGGCUUUUUAAUGAAACCAUUCAAACUGGCAGCGUUCUGAUUCCCCUUUUGGCCUCCCUCAUUACAGUCUGUUUAUUCUCUGUGGGACAACUGUGCCCUGCCCAGCAAAGCAUUGCACUUUUGCAUAAUGAGCGAUUAUGGGCAUGUCAGGGCUGAGCAAACCAAAUCACAGGGUGAGGAUGCAGAGAAAGAGGCUGCGGACUCCGAGGAGCAGGUGGCCUCCCUGCCCGCCUCCCCAGACCCCUCCAGCAUCACUGCCACCACUGGGACAGAUGCGUCCUCUGUCCUCUGUAAACAAAGGAGCAGAGGUCACAGGGAGCCGGCUUGCUGUGUCAAAGCAGCCCCGGACUGGCCCCUGCGAGGGCCCGCGGCUUUCGCUCCUGCUGUGAUAAACUUGAACAAUCCAGGAUUUGAGCGGGCUUUUCGCGUCAAGGGGUCUGGAAGCCUUCUUCAUGGCACAUCCGAGACAAACGGGAACUACUUGAUCAACCGUGGCCCACAAGAACAGUCCCAAAAGAGGAGGCCUGUGACAGUAGACUCGUCCAAAGCCAAAACGUCCCUGGAGGCGCUGAAGAUGAGCAUCAAGCAGCUCAAAUGGAAAGAGUUUCCUUUGGGAAGGCGAGCGCCCUGUGACAUCUACUGGCACGGCGUUUCCUUCCAUGACAAUGAAAACAUCGUCUCAGGGCAGGUCAACAAGUUCCCAGGCAUGGUUGAGAUGCUGAGAAAGAUCAACAUGAGCAGGGCGGUGAGGACCAUGCAGGAGCUCUUUCCUGAGGAAUACGACUUCUACCCGCGCUCUUGGAUCCUGCCUGAGGAGCAUCAGCUGUUCGCCACACAGAUCCGUCUGAUAAAGGAGAAGGACGCGGCGGUGAACCCCACUUUCAUUGUCAAACCAGACGGGGGGUCCCAGGGGGACGGCAUCUACCUCAUCCGCGAUCCCGCCGACGUGAAACUGGUGGUGGGUUCACAGGCCAAGCAGGCCGUAGUCCAGGAGUACAUCCCAAAGCCGCUGCUGAUCGACAAGCUGAAGUUUGAUAUCCGCCUCUACGUGCUGAUCAAGUCGCUGGAACCGCUGGAGAUCUACAUCGCCAAAGAAGGCCUGACCCGUUUUUGCACGGAGCCCUAUCAGGAGCCAAGCCAGAAGAACCUGAGCCACGUCUUCAUGCACCUCACCAACUACUCCCUCAACGUCCACAGCGGAAACUUCGUCCACUCAGACAGUCAGAACACAGGCAGCAAGCGCACGCUCUCCAGCGUGCUCUACCGGCUGGCCGCUAAAGGCGUGGACAUAAAGAGGGUGUGGUCGGACAUCAUCGCUCUGGUCAUUAAGACCGUCAUCGCUGUUGUGCCUGAGCUGAAGGUUUAUUACCAAGCGGAUAUUCCACCUGGAAAACCAGGACCCACUUGCUUCCAGAUUUUAGGUUUUGACAUUCUGCUGAUGAAGAACCUGAAGCCGGUGUUACUUGAGGUCAACUCCAACCCAAGUAUGAGAAUCGAACACGAGCAGGAAGUGGCUCCAGGGGUUUUUGAGUUUGUCCCCAGUCCGGUGGAUGAAGAGGUGAAAGUGGGGGUGAUCAGGGACACGCUGCGCCUCAUGGAUCCUUUCCACAAGAAGCCGGUGAUGAGUUACCAGGAUAAGAGCAGGGGGUCUGAACCCAGAGAGGAGAUCCAGACGGACGCAGAGUCGGGCAGCAGGAGUCCGGAUGAGAAUCAGCCUUCGCUGUGCCUGAAGCAAGUCUACCCCAAGUACACCAAACAGUUCAACCACCUGCGGCUGGCGGAGCGAAUCGCCAGCCUGUUCAUACGCUUCCUCGGGGUCAAGGGCAACAUGCGGCUCGGUCCCACUGCCUUCCGAACCUUCAUCAGGACCUGCAAGCUGAGCAGUAGCAACUUCACCAUGGCCUCUGUGGACAUCCUCUACAUCGACAUCACACGCCGCUGGGCGGCUGCUGCGGCCGACUCCAGAGAAGCAGGAAUGGGUCUGCAGGCGUUUGUGGAAGCCUUCUUUUACCUGGCCGGCCGCAGGUUCAGGUCGCUGUCGCUGCGGGAGCAGGUGGUGUCCCUGUUGGAGCUCUGCGAGGCGCAGCUCGGGCCUCAAUCAGAGGACAGGCGCUCCCUGAGCUGCAGCAGGGCGCCGCCACCGCGAGCGGUCAAGACUCAGACGCCGUACCACACUAACUCUCAGCUGGCCUCCCCGGCGCCUCAGCGAAGGGCGGCCAGCCAGGACAACCGUCCGCCGCAGACUCUGAAGCCCCGCAUGCUGAGAGCUAGCGUGGAGAACUGAUGAGACAGAGGCGAGUCAACCGGUCUCUGAACGCCGCCUUCAACCUCUCUUCGCAGGAGACGGGGAGAAUUGGGGUGCAUUUCUCCCAUGCAGCUCCACAGAAAGACCAGCCCAACUCCCGCUGGCUGAGCACUGCUCUCCGUCUGAUUGCUUCUUUUCAGAUCAGGAGAUACCUGCAGGGGAGAUGCAGUAGAAAGUAAGAAAUGAGUAAAGAGACUGGUGGAUUCCUUCUUUCCCUCCUGGUGGGAUCAUACAUCCGCAGCAUGGCCCUGUCAGGAGGAAGAAACGGCUGCUUUUCAUUUCUAACCGAUUCUCCAGGGCAGCUAUUCGCUGAAACAUUUACAACAAAUUGAAACUCUCCUUUCAGGGAAAACACCCAAUCUGUAGAUCCUCAAACAUUGCAAAGGAGAAACUUCUGCAUUUCAGUCAUUUAAAUUUGCACAGCAGUUCUUCAAAUCACUCCAUUUGCACGGAUGAUAAGCUGCUAGGCUUUUUUUGCAGCGUGCAUGUGUGCGUGUCCAUCCACUGAUGAAUUUAUUUUUGUGCAGCUCAGUGGUGAAAGCCUAUUGACAGCCUGUGGCUCAGCUGUUUGUCCUCCAUGAGCCCAUUAGUGAUGAGUUAAGUGAAUAAGUAUUCGCUUAUCCUCUAUCGCGUCAGCGGCUAUUUCUGUCAGGCAGCCUCGGCCAAUAUGUUUUUAGGCCGAUUGCUUUGUAGUCGCCUAACUCCCGCGGGGGAUUCAUAAUUUCAGAAGGAACUGCAUGGCACAGAAUUGAACCAUUUUACCUGUCAGCUACGCAAAGAGCACCCACUUAACUUUUAUUGUUACAAGUUUGUCAUGAAUGAGAAUCUGAUGUAGAUCGGAUGCAUUUACUGAAGUGUAGUUAAGUUCAUAUGAAGGAGAAAUACUUGACGAGUUUUUCAGGGCGAUGGAAAAAUAAAUGUUUUUCUUUUACCAGAA